AUGUCCACCUCUGAGGCGUAUGCGCAUCUUGGCCUCGCCGAUGGGGAACCUAUCGAGGUCGUAUCGAAGGCUUACAAGAAGCUCGCUCUAUUAAAGCACCCAGACAAGAACCCAGGCAACCCAGAAGCCACAGCCGAGUUCCAACAGAUCGGUGCGGCAAUGGCCCAUCUCCAGCGCCACUUCGAGCGCGUCGACAAGUCGGGCGGUCGGUACGAGUCUGACGACGACGACGACGGCGACUUUUAUUCGGACGAUUUCUACGAUGAUGACGACGAGAGCGAUUAUGAGGAUAUGGAGUUUUACAUGUAUCUCUUUGAAGAGUUUAUGCGUGGCCGCUCGCGCCAGUUCAAUUCUUCGCACUUCCGUCAAGCGCACAACAGCUACUACGACGCGCACCCGCACGUACACAGCCACGAGCACCACCACCACCACCACGGACCCGGGCACUACCACUACGACGAACCACCGCACGACCCCGAAGCCGCGAUACGCGCUCGCGAGGAGCAAGAAGCCGCCGCCGAGCGUCGUGAACGCGAGGAAGCGCGUCGCAAGCAACGGUUGGCGGAGGAACGCGAACGCGAACGCCGCGAGGCCGAAGAGCGCAAAAACAACAAAGCGUCGUCAAAGAAAGCCAAAGCCGCGCAGAAACAGAAGAACGCGGAGCAAGCUGCGAAAGCGUUGAAAGAGCGCGUGCAGACGCGGCGUAGUGCUGUUUUCGAAGCGGCCAGGAAGGGCGAUGCUGCGGCUGUUAAGAAGGGCGUGUAUGAGGAUGAUGUGGAUGCUGCUGGAGGCGAGGUCAAGCUCGGACACGACGAAUUUGUUAAGACUAUGCCGAAAGAUAGGAAGGAGACGCUUUUGCAUAUCGCGGCGAAGCGCGGAGAUGCUGAUCUUGUUGAAUGGCUCUGCUCUCACAGUGCGGACCCAGAGGAACGUGACAGCAACGACCUCACCGCCGUCCAUUACGCCCUCAAACUCGGCCAUACCGAAACCGUCAAACGCUUCUUCGAAGAGUACGCCCCUCGUGAGAGCGAAUACCGCUCGAUCUACCGCGUCCCGGGCAACGCCAACCUCCUCUCACUCGCUCUUGAGUCCGAGACGCCAGAAACGGUCUGGCUUGUCCUCGAGAAUAAGCUCGCGAAUAAGCAGGAGAUCCGCGACCUGUGGAAUACGCGGCCGUUGCCGGCGAAGACGGCGAAGGGCCCGAAGGAUAAGGGUACCGCCGCGGAGGAGAUCUCUAAUCUGCUCAUGAGCUACGGUGGGAUCGGGGCCAAUGAGAAGCCGAAUAACGUCUCGGGAGGAAGUGGAGGGGCGGCGAAGGGGAAGAAGGCGGAGGUGCCGCCGGAAAGCAGCAGCGAGAGUAGCGAGGACGAGGCUGCUCCUCCGCCAUCUGCAAAGCCGAACAGCUCUGCACAGAGUCAGAACGGCAACAACGCCCAGCAGCAGAACGGGAAUACCAACGGUGCAUCACGCGGGAAUGGGCGUGGACGGGGUCGCGGUAAAGGUCGUGGACGCGGGCGCGGUCGCGGUCGUGCAUGA